AUGGAGGACAAGAAGGACGAUGAGGUCCCUCGGGGCCUCACGCGGGAGGUCAACCCGCUGCUUUCAUCUCGGCAGAAGGCCAACAGCGCCGUAGCGCUAUCUAUACAGAGCGACAUAGGCAAGGGUAUUAUAUACAACAUACGGCUAUCCCGAUGGUACCUCGCCUACUGCUUCCUAAUGGCUAUCGCGACUGUGUGCCUUGUCGUAUUUAUGAUCGUAGAUGUCCACUUUCGGAAGAACCCCGUUCCCGUCUGGGUCUGCGCUGUGGACGGCCUUAUAACGUUUGCAGUUUGCUUUGAAACGAUCGCCGAUAUGAUUCUCUUAGGAAAGCCUUUCUGGAGUAGUGGCUGGCACGUCUUUGACUUCGCUGUCUCCUUGGUCUGCUUUGCUAGUUGGCUGCUCCUCCUCCUAGAAGUGGUUGGCGUGGUGGAGUCUCUUGACGAGUUUGUUACGGUUAUUCUCCUCACAAUACGAUACGUGGCGCAAUUUGUGAGAAUUGUGCGCUACAUACGAACGGGAGCAGAAGCGCAAGAUUCGCUGAGUGCAGCAGAAAAACACAUCAUUCGUUUUGACAAGCCUGGCGGAAGAGAAGAACCAAGCCGUCCCUCUGUGGUAACGGGGGGAGAGCUGGACUUCUGA